CACUCACAGCUCUCCAGCUUCCAUCCAGAAAGAAGAAGGAAACGAGAUAGUGAACAGCUAACCAUGAUCAACGCCAAGAAGAUUGCUCAUCUCGCCAAGAAGUGGCAGAGGAUGGCCGCACAAGGGAGGAGGCGCCUCACCUUGGGGGCGACAUCAGCAAAUGGAGCGGACGAGUGCUGCAGCUCUGUGGCGAGCAAGGGCCAUUGCGCGGUGUACACGGCCGACGGGGCACGGUUCGAGGUGCCGCUGGCGUGCCUUAGCACCCCUGUCUUCGGGGAGCUCCUGCAGAUGUCAGAGGAGGAGUUUGGCUUCGCGGGCGGCGAUGGCAGGAUCACGCUGCCCUGCGACGCGGCGGUCAUGGAGUACGCCAUGUGUUUGCUCAGGAGAGGAGCCUCUGCCGAGCUAGAGCAGGCGUUCCUUAGCACCAUGGCCAUGUCAUGCCACUGUGCCAGCCACAUGGCGCCGUAUGUUGGAGCCACACAUCAGAUCGCUGUUUAGUUGAUGUUCACUGUAGUCUGUAGUAUAGAUAUAUAGUGGAGCAAAGAUAUUAGCUAGGUAAAGAACUAAAGAUUAUUCAAAACCUUCGAAUCCUGCAAGGCUGCAACUGAGAAAGCAAUGAAGCAAG